CGCCAAAUACGCUGAGACCUGUCCACACAGAGAGGCAGUGUCCCUCGAGCCGACCCGCCAAAAUCAAACGAAUCGAUCGCCCAUCAUGCUCUCCGCUCUGGCCUCCCUGGGCAGCCAGCCACGCCAAUUGGCCGCAUCGGUCCUCAACUUCGCACUGGUGCUGUCAACUGCUUUCAUGCUCUGGAAAGGACUCUCAGUCAUAACAGACUCUUCAUCGCCCAUCGUUGUGGUACUUUCAGGCAGUAUGGAGCCGGCGUUUCAAAGAGGAGACUUGCUAUUCCUCUGGAAUCGCGGCAUGGAUACACAAGUGGGCGAGAUUGUGGUCUACAACGUUCGCGGCAAGGACAUUCCGAUUGUGCACAGAGUCGUGAGGAGAUUCGGCGGAGGGAGCGAACCUCUCCAACUCCUCACGAAAGGAGACAACAACGCUGCAGACGACACGCAGCUAUACGCCCGCGGCCAAAGCUACCUGAAUCGCAAGGACGACGUCGUCGGGAGUGUGUUUGGGUUCAUACCUUUUGUUGGCUACGUUACAAUCCUGCUCAGCGAGUACCCAUGGCUGAAAACAGCAAUGUUGGUAUUCAUGGGCUUAGGGGUGUUGCUUCAACGAGAAUGA